AUGGUGAGCAACCUUGCCAAUGUUUCUUCCUUGUUGUGGCAUGCAUAUGCUGCUCUCCCCGCACCCUCUUCUGCCGUGAAUUGGGCUGGUUUCUACGUCCGGCAAGAUAGAUUUCCAUCUUUGGUUUCUGCCGGCUCAAAUACCAAGGAAACGCCAGGCACUCAAGCCCUGCUACUGGACCCUUUCCAUGGAAAACCCGCAUGCCAGUUGAUCCAAUUUGGGCGAGGGGUGUGCGGGACAGCAGCUGAAAAGCAAGAGACAGUGUUGGUGCCAGACGUGUUCAACUGGGAGGGCCAUAUUGCCUGUGAUGCCGAGAGUAAAAGUGAAAUUGUUGUCCCCAUUUUGGUGAAUGGAGAGUCCGUGAAUUUGUGGCAACACGGCUCGAAAUAUAUUUGUGCGUAA